AUGAAGGCUACCGGCAUCGUCACGGUCGCUUCUACGGCGAUCAUGGCGGCCGCCUCGUACUCGACUGCGGUGUCCGGCUCGCUCUCGGAUCCCAAACUCCAAGCUCCAAACCAGGUAAGUGGGCGUCCGUCCACAUCAGCUAUAACGAGUAACCAAGGAUGCUGUGUUCGGCUUCUCACCACGCUCCUCUCGUCCGACACCAUGGAGCAGGGCCGAGAGUCGUCGUCUCAGGAGAAGCAGAAGCAGAAGCAGGAAGAUGGAUCGACUCCCAGAUUCGACGGGUUGCGGUUCAUCGAGUCGCUCGUCACCGCGCAUCGAUGA